ACACACACACCACUCACUCCACAAUUGCCUACCUCCCUCCCCCUGACAGUCAGCAGCAGGUCACAGUGAAAUAUAUAUGUUUUAAUAGAAAUGCCAUGGCGGCCGCGGUGUAAAUUAGAAAUAGUUCAAAAACCCGCAACCAAUACAUUUUCACCAGCGAAAUCGUUUUCUAAAUAGCCUAACUUUCAGGAAAAUUACAUACAUGGCAACACUGUUUCAGGUUGAAGAAAGCUCUGAAGGCCUACGGAGGAAAUGCGUGCGGGUCGAAAGAGAUUUUGAUUGGCUCCGAUGGUCACGCGUGAUCAACUCGAGUUAACCCCUAGCGUGAUUGACAUAUAAAUCCUAUAUUUUCGUCGUUUAUCCAGCUGAAAUAUCACUGGAGCUAUCAUCCAAAAACGGCAUUCCAUAGCUAAUUUAAGAAUAAUUAGUGAAACAUUACGCAUAUCUUUCUAUAGCCUAUAAGGUUUCGAGCUUUUAUUUUGAAAGGUCCUUUCUAUCGGCUCAGGAAGUAGCUUUAUUUUGUAAGCAGCAUGUUGUAUACACUUUGUUUCCAUCCAUUAAAUGUGUUAAAGACGCGUUAUGUUAAUAUGAAAUAAACUACAGACCGUGAAACAUGCAGUGGGUCAAAAUAUGCAGACAGUCGCUUUCAAGCACUGUGAACACGACUUUGACAGUGGCACUGUCUAGACACAAACUUAUCCGUCGGAGUAUGGCCUCAGAUGCAACAACCCGGUUCGAUUUUCUAGUGAUUGGAGGUGGAUCUGGGGGUCUAGCCGGUGCACGCAGGGCAGCGGAGCUCGGGGCCACUGCCGCGGUGGUCGAGAGUCACAAACUCGGAGGUACCUGUGUCAAUGUCGGCUGUGUCCCUAAGAAGGUUAUGUGGAAUGCUGCAGUACAUGCAGAAUAUCUCCACGAUCACUCUGACUAUGGUUUUGAUGGCGGACACGUUCACUUCAGCUGGGAAACUAUUAAGGCCAAAAGAGAUGCAUAUGUUAGUCGGCUUAAUAACAUCUAUCGCAACAAUCUUGACAAGGCUAAAAUUGAAACGAUUCAGGGUCACGCCAGGUUCAUUGACGGCCCUGACCCCACUGUUGAGGUGAAUGGGAAGAAGUACACCGCGCCUCAUAUCCUCAUUGCCACAGGAGGGUUCCCUUCUGUCUUGAGUGACAGUGAUGUGCCAGGGGCAAGUCUUGGCAUCACCAGUGAUGGCUUUUUUGAACUUGAAAGCCUUCCUAAGCGCAGCGUCAUAGUGGGAGCUGGAUAUAUUGCUGUGGAAAUGGCUGGCAUCCUUUCCACACUGGGGUCCAAAACAUCCAUCAUAUGUCGUCAGACAGGGGUGUUGAGAAACUUCGACACCUUGAUAAGCUCAAAUUGCACCAAAGAAUUGCAGAACUCUGGCAUAGAGUUGUGGAAAAAUACUCAGGUGAAGUUGGUGAGUAAGACAGGCAAUGGCCUGUUGGAGGUCACACUGGUCACCAAAGACCCAGAGAAGAAGGAGGAGGAGAAAAUCGGCACCAUCCAGGAGGUAGACUGUCUGCUAUGGGCCAUCGGCCGAGAGCCCAACACCGCAGGCCUCAACCUCAGCCAGAUGGGUGUGGAUAUUGAUGAGAGAGGCUUCAUCGUUGUAGAUGAGUUCCAGAACACCACUCGCCAAGGGAUCUAUGCUGUAGGAGAUGUGUGCGGGAAGGCCCUCCUUACUCCUGUCGCCAUUGCAGCGGGCAGAAAGCUGGCACACAGACUGUUUGACGGCAAGGAGGAUGCCAAGGUUGACUUCUCCAACAUUCCCACGGUAGUUUUCAGUCACCCACCCAUCGGCACGGUGGGCCUCACGGAAGAGGAGGCGAUUAAAAACAGGGGGAAGGAGAAUGUGAAGUCUUACAAGACCUCCUUCACUCCCAUGUAUCACGCCAUCACCACCAGGAAGACUCAGUGUAUCAUGAAGCUGGUGUGUGUGGGCAAGGAGGAGAAGGUGGUGGGCCUUCAUAUGCAGGGCAUUGGCUGUGAUGAGAUGUUGCAAGGCUUCGCAGUAGCCAUCAAGAUGGGUGCAACUAAAGCAGACUUUGACAAGACUAUUGCCAUUCACCCCACAUCGUCCGAGGAGUUUGUUACGAUGCGUUAACAAUGCAAACAUCUAGACGAUCCUUAAUUUCCUAUACAGCACCAGCGAGAAUCACUAUACCAGGAAACAAGUGGCUCAACUGUCUUCUUUUGCAAGGGCUUGACAACGCAAUGUUCAAUAACAGCUCUCUACUUCCAUUUUCUUUCAUUUAAGUAACCUCUUUUGUGCACCUCGUAUGAAUAUUUUUGAAAAUGCCUAGAUGGAUCAAGACAAUGAAGUUACUGCUUUCUUCAUCUGUACUGUUGGUGUUUAAGCAUUGCUUAUCAAUUUAUUAAACAUGCAAGAUUUUUCUCAUGACUGUGAAAUGGAAGUGGGGGAUCUUCUACAGGCAUUGUUGUCAAGUCAUUGCGUUGGGAGUAAGGAUAACUCUCCUAGUGUAUGUGAAACCCUGAUUGUCAGUCAUUGUUUUAGAACACUGCAAACACUGCCCCCAAUUACCACCACUACUAGGUCGCAAUUUCACUACUACUGUAUUGUAAUACACAUUGAAUAAACCUGCAGUUUUUUCUUAA